AUGAUCGUGCAUUUCCUCUUACCCCUCUUAUUUUCCUUGGUUCUCUCUCAGACUACAAAAAUCCUCACCUUAGAAAAUUCCAUAUUCACCUUUUCUCGAGAACUCAUCGGAAUCGGCUUUAUUAAGCAGCUCCACACACAAAUAAUAAUGAAAAACCCUACUGAAAAAGCCUCAAUUACCUUAACUGAGUUUAUCCCUUAUAAAUGGUGGAUUGAUAAAGAAGAUAUCCCAAAGUCCUUGAAUCCAGAAUUUAAUUCUUUAAUAGACACUGAAAGCCCAUCAUCUGACUCAACAAACCAUACAUUUACAAUUAACAUUGAAUUUUAUGGGAAAUAUGAAUUUUCAUACCCAAUCCAUAUGAGAUAUGAUGACCCUAGCUAUGAUGUUCUUUAUAAAACGAUCAGUCUUCCAGGUCCUCAAAUACAAUAUAACCAAGGCCAAGUUUUUAUGCCUAUUAUAAAUAAAUUCUUCUCUAAUAGACAUUUUAUUUUCUACUUUUAAACUUUAUAUUUACAGAAAUUGUUUACCAUCAAUAUUAAAGUCAUAAUUCUGGCAAGUAAAUCACCGUACAUCAGCAUACAGUAAAUGGCGAAUUCCAGGCACAAGUCCCAGUAGGCCAAAUCAAGCACAUCCCAAUUGUGGUUAUGGGGACUAUCCUAUUCGAGCUUAUAGUCGUCUGCGCUAUAAUUUUCGCUGCCAACAAAUUUACCCAUCAUAUAUCUAAAUAA